UGUUUCUUGUGAGCAUCAUCUAGGAAGUGGGGGAACAAUAUCAGACUUCACUCCUCAUCUAGCUCAGUCCAUUUCCAUUCAGCUAGACGAGACAAGCAACGGAUAGCUUGUGACGCUUUUUAUGAAUGGAAGAGUUGAUCGCAUCUUCUGUUUAUUCACUUUAUCAGCUCAGUGAUCGAUUUGAUUGACGCCCCGCCGACCAAAACACUGAAUUGCCAGUUGAUAGCAUAAUAAAUCACAAGAAAUAUGAUGAGUUUCCAAGUGGCAUCAAUCAUCCUCCAUUUAGCGUUGAUUGCGAAUCAUGCAGUUGCAAAAGACAGAAUUGGAAUGUACUGGAAAUGUGAUUGCAAUUUCAAUUACAACUCUCAAGAUGUGCCACUGAAAACAGAUUGCCACAGUUUUGGCGUUGAAUCGAAACAUUUACCUCACAAUAAAAACGCUACAAUCUUAUGGUCAUUAUCUAAUGGAGCAGUAACGGAUAUUGUGAAGAAAUGCUUCCUGUCUCACAACACUACACUAACCGAUAUAUCGUUUGCCAGACUGAAAUUUGUCGACGAAUUUGAUAAGCAAGCUUUUACCAAUCUCAGACUUCUCGAAUCUAUAUCAAUAACUCAGUCUCCUGCUCUAAGGUAUCUCCCGAACGGAGUAUUUUAUCCAGUGAGCAAGAAUCUCAGAGUUUUAAGAAUGACACACACUGGACUUGAAGCAGUUCCCACUUUGCCGGCAUUGAGUAAAAAAAUUAUGCAUUUGAUAGACUUUGAGAGUAACAAAAUCAGAUCAAUUCCUUCAAACUCAAUCAAUAUCCAAACGGAGCAAUUAGUCCUCGCAUAUAACUCAAUCACGAAGGUUGAAGGCUGGGCUUUUAAUGGGUCAUCAAUUGGAAAGUUGAGUCUAAGAGGGAAUAAUCGAUUGGUUGAAUUAUCAAGUGAUGCAUUCAGAGGACUUAAAGGUCUACUAGAUCUUGAUUUGUCACAGACAUCGAUAACAUUCCUUCCUGUGGUUGGAUUGGAAAUGCUUGAGAUGCUGAAACUUCAAGGGACAACCACGUUGAAAAUAAUUCCCUCAAUUCACGAUUUCAAGAGUUUACAAGUCGCUGAACUCACUUAUUCAUUCCACUGCUGUGCUUUCAAAUACCCUGCACGACACAAUCCAGCGCGUCAUGAGCUCCAUGUGGAAUACCUGCAAAUAGCAAAAGAGCGCUGUGGUGGCAAUGCACCAAAAAGGAUUGCUAAUAGCUUUUCACGGAUAAAAAGAGAAGCCGAUGGCAGUUUCGGAGAAAUUCAGAAUGAUGGAGAUGAGUAUGGUAAAUUUUCUCACUCAGUGGAGGACGAUUCCCAGCAAUAUCCACAAUCUGGCAGCGUUUCUCAAGAGAACGGCGAUAGAAAUCACAGUAAGCUAGGAGGAUGGACUGAUGCAUUUGAGCCUCCAAGCACUAAGAAGUCAGAGUCGUGGAAGGAUGGUGGAGUGUUCCAUCAGACGCAUGCCUCACCAACCAGCUUUGAAGCAUUUUGCGGCAAUCUCACAAUAAGGACGAAUCCAGUGGACUGUUGGCCAAAACCAGAUGCGCUAAACCCGUGCGAGGACAUAAUGGGCUACGAUUGGUUGCGGAUCAGUGUUUGGUUUGUGAUCAGCACGGCGCUGUUCGGCAACACGGCUGUGCUGAUUGUGCUGAUCGCAAAUCGGUCCGACACGACCGUCCCCAGGUUCCUCAUGAUGAAUCUCGCCUUCUCUGAUCUGCUCAUGGCGGUCUACCUUCUGCUGCUGGCCUUCACCGACAUUCAGUCCACCGGAAUGUACUUCAACUAUGCAUUUGACUGGCAACGAGGAUAUGGGUGUAGAAUAGCUGGAACACUGACUGUAUUCUCGAGCCAGUUAUCCAUUUAUACACUCACUCUGAUCACAAUUGAGAGAUGGUUUGCAAUCCGGCAUGCACUUUAUGCAAACGUUAUCGAUCUGAAAGUUGCCAUUCAAGCAAUGAUAGUCGGAUGGGUAUAUUCGAUUGGUAUCGCUGUCUUGCCUCUCUUCGGAAUAAGCAGUUAUUCAACAACAAGCAUUUGUUUGCCGAUGGAUGUACACAACGCGGCGUCAACGAUCUACGUGUUGACUUUGCUGAUGGUGACUGGAGUGGCAUUCGUCAUAAUCUGCAUCUGCUACAUCCAAGUGUACCUUUCGUUGGGCAAAAACACGAGGCACUGUCCAGAAUCGUCAGUCGCCAGGAAGAUGAUGUUGCUUGUUGGCACUAACUUCGCAUGCUGCGCACCCAUAGCUUUCUUCUCAUUGACGGCAGUAGCUGGAUAUCCUCUCAUUGACGUCACCCGCUCCAAAAUCCUCCUCGUCUUCUUCUAUCCGAUCAAUUCGUGUGCCAAUCCCUAUCUGUAUGCGAUCAUGACAGCUCAAUACAGGAAGCAGCUCAUUCAACUCAUGGCAAAGUGCGGUUUUUGCACUGAAUGCGCGCAACAAUACAAAAUGGUCUACCAGCCCGAAUUGGAACAGAAGCCUCGUCCUUCUAGAGCAACACUGUUGUCGACUGCCCAUUCAACAGAGGACACUGUAUUCAACAACAAUGAUUCUACUAGAGACACGUGCAACGACAUCUCGGAGAGAGAGCAUCAGACUGAAGAUAAUGUCUAAACGUUUAGACAAAAUAGAUUAAGAUAUGAGAAUGUGUGUGUUUAUUAUAGAUUAAUUCUUAAUAAAUGAUCUUAUGUUUUUA